AUGUGGGGAGCCUCAAUCUUGUCCCUGGCUACCUUGGCUGCUCUGCCAUGCGCCAAUGCAAUUACACUACACAAGCGGGAUGAUCCGGCUGUCUUUGCGCUCCCAGUUACCCGUAGUGAACGGUCCCAAGCUUUACAGAAACGGAGUUCUAAAGUUGCCAGCACGGAUUUAUACAAUGAGCAAAACCUGUACUAUAUGGUGAACAUCACCAUAGGCACCCCACCCCAAAAUCUCUCCCUGAGUCUCGACAUCGGCAGCAGUGACAUCUGGGUCAAUGUCCCCAGCUCCGAUUAUUGCUCCGCAAAGGACGAUCCCUGCUCAUCGACCGGCUUAUUCAACAGCAAAGACUCGUCUACUUUCAAGCAAUUAGAUUAUAAGAUGAACGCGACCUAUGUCAGUGCCUUUUUGGCUGCGGGUCACUAUGCGACCGAUACGUUGGUUAUUGGGGGUGUUAAGGUGAAGGAUAUGGAGUUUGCGGUUGCUGAGGAGAGUCAGAAUCCUCACGGUAUCCUCGGAAUCGGCUACGCAAUUAACACCGACGCCGCAACCAGCCAAGGCCACAACUACGCCAACCUCCCCGAAGCACUCGUCAACAGCGGCGCCAUCAAAUCCCCCGCCUACAGCCUCUGGCUAAACAAAUUCGACGGCACCGGAAACCUCCUCUUCGGCGGCGUAAACAAAGCAAGAUACCAGGGCGAACUGCAGACCGUCCCCGUCUUACCUCUCUAUGGCAAAUACUAUUCCCUCGCCAUCGCGCUCACAGAUAUAUCCGUGAAAACAUCCAGCGGAACCAAGGAUUUCGCAACCGGGCUUCCCAUCGCCGUAACACUCGAUAACGGAAGUGCCUUCAUCGCGCUCCCGCAAGAAAUAAUCGAUCCGAUUUUGAAAGAAGUCGGCGCUGGAUAUUCCAAGAGUGAUGAUGUCGCUUAUAUCGACUGUACAAAGCCCACGCCCGAUUAUAACGUGACAUUCUCCUUCUCCGGCGCUAAGGUCAAUGUCCCGCUCAGCGAACUCGUGCUCGAUGGCUACGCUCAACCCGGUUUUCCCAAGGGAAAUUGUAUCUUGGGUCUGACAUAUAGUCAACCGGGCGUGAACCUGAUGGGUGAUUCGUUCAUGCGUAGCGCAUAUAUCGUGUACGAUCUGGCCAAUAAUGAGAUUUCGCUCGCGAAUACUAACUACGAUGGGGGCGAUGAUGAUAUUCUUGAGAUUGGGACGGGAUCUGAUGCGGUUCCUGGUGCGACCCUGAUGCGUGAUCCUGUUACUUCGGCGACGGGGAAUGGGGCUGUUGCUACUGGGGGUGCGGCUGCGGCGCCGGGGACUACGAUUUAUGUUACUGGGACGGGGACUGCCACUGGGACUGCCACUGGGACGGCGACUGGGACGGCGAAGGGUGGUGCCGCCGCUACUAGUACCUCGAAGGGAUGGGCUGCGGUGCAGACUAGCAAUCCUGGCCAUCUGUUGCCUGGGCUCUUGGGUGCGGGUUUGCUUCUGGCAUUGUAG